AGGAUGUGGCUCCCGCAGCACCACGCCUCCUCGGCGGCGCAGCGGGGCGGGCCCAAGGCCGCCACAGGGCUCUGGAAGCUGCUCGGCAAAGACAGGGAGGACCUGAGCCCUGCCGAGGAGAAGGCGGUGUCCAGCCUGUCGGUGCUCCACAGGCGGCUGCCUGUGGAGAGCGGCCGGGUGAACACCAAGAGUGAGGCCGGCUUCAACGCGUGCGCUGCCUUCCUGGACAAAGUCGCCUCGGUUGCAGCGCUGAUGCGGCUGGAGACGGCGCCCCGCCGCUACAGGGAGACAUUCACGGUGAACUAUCGCUCGCUCUUUCCGGACGAGGCGCGCAACUACCGCAUCGACGUUCUGGAGGCGAGCGCCGACCAGUACGCGAUGAUCUGGGUCAACGGCGAGAAGUUCGAGUUCACCGAGGAGGCCAUGCACAGGGCCGAGGCGCUGCAGCGGUCCUGGCUUGAGCUAGGCGCGGGGCGGCUCCGCCACAGCGGCGGCGGCCUCAUCCGGGCUUCGGGGGAAG